CACACACAGUGAAUCAACCAUUAAAAUCUCACUCAAUCAUCUCAUUCCCUUUUUUUACACUGUCAUUUCCCUCACUGUGAUAUGAUUUGUCAAGGUGGCAUGCUGGUGAGAACACAUUAACAUGUUGUGACCCGGGAGAAAAGAGCCCGUUUCAUGUUUGUUCAGCUACUUAUGCAAACAAAGAUCAUCCGUUUGUGAGGUGCAUGAGAAAGGGCACAGUCUGUAACAUUUCCAUUCCAAAACAGUUCUGUGUUUUGCGUAGAUCCACGUCAAACAUGACCUUUCACCUUUAAUAAGUCCUGACUUCUUUUUACUGGACAAAUCAAUCUCUGAAAGAGCUUUAACUUCCGCUACGAUAGAUGAUAUAUCUUUCUGUAUAUUUCACCAUGAACAGUGGAAGCAGUUUUAACACAGCUCGCCCCAAAAACACCCCGACCUCAUCCUGUCUAAUCAGAUCUCAUCUAGGCUCGACAUGGUGAAGGGGUCGACGCAACCUACGAAGGCUGGUCAUUACUAAUGCAUGUGUUUGCUGAGGCAUUGGCGUGGGUCACUGACUUCAGUCUCUGUGGAGACAUGAGGGAGUGGGGGACGGAAACCUCAUUAGAGAGCAACGGCCGUGCCCUGGACACUGUGCUACCGGCCAGUCGAGUCCGUGAAGGGAACACCCGGUGUCGACGAGACUGAAAUAAACAAUAUGUCCUUGAUUUGUUUUUAACUAUCUUAGAAAGUGUAGUUCAAGGUUUUGGGGGGAUGUUUUUUUCUGUCUGUCAAGAAUAAGAUAAGUUACCUCUCACAUUUCUGCUCUGCUAAGAGCUGAGUUAGUUUAGCAUAAAGACUGGACGCACAGGAAAACAUUGGGCUGGAACUGAACAGAAGUGUUUACAAAAGGAAAUAAUGCGCGACGCAUCCCUUCGUCAAGCCACAACGAAUCAAGAAGAAAAGAUAGAGCAACUUCAUCAGUGAGCUUUGAAGGGAGAACCUCGCCGUCCAAUGGGAUCAACGACUGGCACCGGAGGACUCUGGGAUUGGCUGGAAUAGCAGUACAACAUUUCCCAGGUUGCGCCUCCCACAUGGGGUGACCGAGGGCUUAGUGUGAGCCUGAUUAGUGUUGUGGCCGGUGGGUCCAAGAUGUUGUCAGAGGCGAGCAUCCAAACAAAUGCAUGGACAUAGACGUACUUCUGUACCAGUUCCAGAGAAGAUGGUGGCCUCUGUGCUCACCUUGCUCACCUCAAGUAAACAUGUUCAACCUAAUGAGCAACUGCUGCAACUGGGUGUCCAAAAUACAGGAGCCAAUCAGGAAAGCAACGAUUCUUGUGGUCGGUCUUGACAAAGCAGGAAAAACAUCCUCCAUCAGAGGGAUGUUGAGAGUCCACCACGGUGUGGAAACAGGACCCACCCAUGGCUGUGUGCAGAACGAGCUGAGAGUGGAGAACUACCUGGUCACGCUGCUGGAUGUGGGAGGGUCCGCGGAGUCGAGAGGAGGCUGGAGGGAGCUGUACGGAGAAGCCCAUGGCGUCAUCUUUGUGGUGGACUCCAGCGACAGGCAGAGGAUUAAGGAGGUCAAGGAGGUUCUGUCUGAUCUGCUGAAACAACCAAGAGUGGCAGGAAAACCCACAUUGGUGUUGGCAAACAAACAGGACAAAAUGAACGCUUUGCUGGGAAGUGAGCUGGUUGAGAUUCUGUCCCUUGAGAAGCUGGUCAACCAGAGCCGCUCUCUGUGCCACAUUGAGCCUUGUUCAGCCUUAAUGGAUUUGCGACGCUGGUCGGACAGAAAGACUCUGCGAGGUCUCCGCUGGCUGCUGCGUGCUGUUUAUCUGGAUUAUCCUGAGCUGUGUACCCGUGUGGCUCAGGACAGCAAGAGGCCUGCGGAGACGAGAGAGAGGGACAAGAACGGGAAGACAGAGAAAGUUCGUAGAAAAACCAAGGUGGAACGAAUGCGAUCCAGCAAGUCAGAUCUUCGCCAGGUUCAUCGGCCCAAAGAAAGGGAGAAAAAGACAAAGGGAGAAGGAAAAAUGCAACCUAUUCGAGACAUGCUGCAGAAGGAGUCAAUGCUAAAAAACAAGCUGGGGACAAAGAAGAAGAACAAGCCAACUAAGGUGAAGAGAGGUGAAAGAGAUCAAGAUGAAACAAAUGAACAGGAGGAGGAAGAGGAGGGUGACGGCAAUGAAGGAGAGCAAGAAAUCUCUGGUCAAAGAGAGAGAGCCAGCAGCGCCCUGAUCCCCCCGAGAAAGGGCAAAAUCAAACGCAAAACAAAAGUGAAAGAAGAAACUUUGGACAUGCCAGAAUCUCUGGACAAUGACGAGAAGCCACUGAAAGCUAAAGGGGAGAGGAGGAAAAAGAAGAAAGUAGUGAAAGUGAAAAGGAAGAACAAAAUCAACACAGAGGGGAUGAACGGAACCUACUCUCAACCCGUGGACCUUUCUGCGACCUUUGAUCUUUACCGGAAAGCAAUUCUGGCUCUGAAGGAACGUCAGGACCAGGGACAGUGAGAGUGAGUCCUGCUGGAGGGUGAGGAUGAGGUCCACAGCUGUAGCUUCCAACCCGCGACAUCGCUUCAUGAACUCUCACGCUCCUUAUUCUCACAGAGGGAAAGACAAUAUCCGACCGAUGCUGUUGUCCUUACCACUAUCACAUCAGACCUGAUCCCUGAACCUUGGGGAAUCUUCAAAUUCCAGUGUGUAGUGAAGGGCAGGUUUGAAUAACCAUGUAAUCGCAGAAAAAUAAUAUACCGUUUUUAAAAAAUGAUAAACUAAAAAUAAAUGUGAGUGCUUGGCCAAAUUAAAGGAGAUUAUGUUUGUCUAUGCAGUCUAUCCAGUUUUGAUUUCAAGGGAAACAUGGUUUUUAAACAUUCUUUUUUAAAUGAUUAUUUGAACAAUGAACAGUGCACUGAGCGAAGGGACAUUGUUGAAGUGAGGAACAGAUCUCUGAAAUCAUAUAAUAAACAUUUUGUCACUAA